CUGCAUAACUAGCCAAUUUUAGUCGGUAAAACAGGAUACUUUAGUGCUAAUCAAUCAAAAGUUCAAGGAAAAUUAAAAUAAUUUUCGUAAUUUCCACCCGAAACGAAGAAAUUGGCAUGAAAUGUGCUGUCUACACGAUUACUAAUUGAUGUGCAACUUCAAACCAACGCAUUUAAGGGAAAUGAAAGAGGUUCAAUGACAUAACCACAAUUACCCAACAUGUUGCGAUUAUCGGGGUUUAAUGUUUUUGCUCUUGGAGCAAAAACUAUCGAAAAUUAUAAAAAAGCAAGCGAGAGGAUCAAUAAGAAGAUUAGCGGAACUUUCGUUGAAAAAGCAGUCAUUUAUUUGAAAACUGUAUGGAAUGACUAUACCGAAGUAGCUGUCUCUGUUAGGAGCGACAUUACGGAGAAACCCCUAAAAGCGGCGGGUUUCUUCACCGGUAUGGGCUUCGUAAUGUACAGUUUAACACACAAUCCGGACGAACAAAGUUUCAAAGCGAAAUUUAUCCAGUGUUCAAAUGAGGUUUCUUUAGUUAGCCCAAAUCUUGUCAAUACCGCUGCAGUUGAACACAUGAAGAUGAUACAAACUUGUUACAACAGAGACUUAAUAAGGUACACAAACUUGGGGCUGUUUUCACUCGUUUGGGUCGAUAAAUACAGUGAUCAGUGCAACAUGUACGAAACAAACUGUUCUUAUUUGCAACUGCCAUACAGGAAAUUCCCUAGUCACGUCAUAGAUGUAGGUUUUUUGAAUAUUUGGUGGGUCAUAUCGCGCAAAAUGUUAGAUUAUGACAUAAAUUAUUAAUAAACGGACGUACCUUA